AUGAAGAAGGUCUUUCAUAUUGACAACUUUCGUCUUUGCCAGCAAGGUGUAUGCAAUGCAAAUCUAGACGGACGUGAUGUUGUUUGUGUCAUGCCAACAGGUGGCGGAAAAUCACUGACAUAUCAACUUCCUGCCAUUCUAACUCCUGGGUGUACUUUGGUCGUCUCUCCGCUUAUAUCUCUCAUGACCGAUCAAAUUCUCCAUCUAAGGGAGGCCGGAAUCGAGGCUGUUAUGUUAACAUCUGGCACUUCAAAGGGGGAAUUGUCCUCAAUUUUAUCUCGUCUGACUGCCAUGGCAUCUUCAAGGUCGCAUUCAAUGGAUGAUUUUGCUAAGGAUAUAAAGUUAUGCUAUGUCACUCCUGAAAAAAUAGCCAAGAGUAAGACCUUCAUGUCUUUAUUACAGAAGCUUGUAGAUGGGGCCAAGCUUGCACGCAUAGUAAUCGACGAAGCUCAUUGUGUCUCCAGCCUUGGCCAUGAUUUCAGGCCAGAUUACAAGGAACUGAGGAAGCUUCGGCAAUAUUUUCCAGAUGUACCUAUCCUUGCGCUCAGCGCUACGUGCCCUCCUAAAGUACUCAACGACAUACUGAAAAUUCUUCAAAUGAAGCAUACAGUAGAUGGUAAAGCUGCCACACGCCAAGGCACAGUCUAUUUUUCUGCCCCACUGUAUCGUAAAAAUCUACACUAUGCCGUGCUGCCAAAACCGUCGUCCACAACUCAGGUCAUCGAGGCAAUGGUAGAGUACAUACUGGAGAAACAUCGAGAUGAGAGCGGUAUAGUGUACUGUUCCACAAAAAAGGAUACUGAGUCGGUCGCAGAAAACUUGCACCAAAUAAGCGGAGGUGUCAUUAAAGCCGGUGUCUAUCACUCAGAGGUACCUGAUGGUAAAAAAGAACAGUUACACCGGCAAUGGAGACAAGGUGAUGUUCAAGUGGUGUGCGCCACAAUUGCAUUUGGCCUGGGCAUUGACAAAGGCAACGUUCGCUUUGUUCUCCAUCAUACGAUGUCGAAAUCCCUUGAUGGAUUUUACCAGGAAUCUGGUCGUGCCGGCCGGGACGGUAAAGCCUCAGAUUGCAUCCUUUAUUACCGUCCACAGGAUGCUACUAAGCAAUCAUCUAUCACCUCCAAAGAUGCAGAAAGCCAGGCGAAACUUUACGACGUCUUACGCUUCGUUCAAGAUCUUCAGGAGUGCCGCAAGAUUCUAUUUGCAAGGUACUUCUCCGCCUCCGCCGACCUUUCCAUGGCCUCAUGGACCACGGAAGAAUCAGACGCUUUUGAACGCUGCGGACAUUGUGAUAACUGCUUACGUCCCCCAGAAACCGUUGUUCAUAAGAAUGUAACGUUUGAGGCGUGGCAGCUUCUCAAGAUCGUGGAGGCGGUCGGGCGACAGGGUAAACGUCUCACUAUGAGUGGCCUGGGAGAUCUUUCCCGGGGACUAGGUGGUGGUACCUUUGAGACCGGCGGAAGAAGGCAAAAGGCAAAGGAGAGAUUCACGUUGGAUUAUAAUGAAAUUUCGGGCGGGAAAGUGGGACUUUCGAAGGAUGACACGGAGGCACUCAUUGUACAGUUGUUGACAACUCACUAUAUGAAAGAAGAACUCGUACCGACAUCAUAUAACAUCAAUGUUUACAUCGUCCCAGGAGUCCAAGCUUUCCGACUCAGUCGUUUUUCUCAGGCUGAUAUUGAAGCGUAA